ACGAACGACCAGCGCACCACUACGUCCCGUCCGCGCGCGCGCGAAAAGUUAUUCUCUUCGUCAUAUUCUUGUGACGAACUGUGGAGUGAAACUUGUGAAAAACUGAAAACCUUGACUAAUCUGUGACUGGGAAACAAAGGCACUUGGAUUUUGUGUACGGCGUGGCGAAUGUUUUGUUUGGUGCCGGCGUUUUGACUGCUGAUUGGUUGCGACGCAAAACAAACAACAGAAGUUUAAUGCGCCUCUCGUCCCCGCCAGACAAAAUUUAAGUGAGACCGCGAUGGAGUGACAUCCGGCGAGGAUGCGGUGGUUCAAGAAGGGCGAGCCGCCGCGCCUGCUGGCCGCGUCGCCCGAACCCGAGACACGCUCCUCGCGCCGCGCCAGGAUUGACAUGUCUCCAGGAAGGUUUGCCAAUCGGAACAGCAGCAGCAGUUCAGUGGAAACCAAUUUCUAUAACCUCAGUGACCAAAUAAUAAUCGUAGAUAAAUCACCGAUUCCGUGUCACCAAAGUGAGGACACACCUGUUGCACGUCGAAUAUCCAUGCAAAACAGCUUCACUCCGCCGCAAGACACAUACGCGAGUCGCAAAAACCGCGGGGGUUCUUUGGAAAAGGAGUACACAGUGUACCGCGAAAAACGAAAUCCGCUACUUGACAAAGUGAAAAAUACUAAAUUGUCGUGUUUCAAGUCUAACGGACCAUUGCACUACGGAGAUGAUGCCGCUUCGACUUCAGGAAGCGAGUGUAGCCGAUUCGGACUUCCGGAAGACGUUGCUCAUUGUAGAUAUGAUGGAAAUUAUCCCAAUAGUCAUAUUGAAUUUGAAAAUCAAAAUCCUUGGGUAAGAAUGCCGACCUACGACGACGACGUGUUUGUACCUAAAAGCAUUCCAACUCCUGCCGAAAGACACUGGGACAAUAAAUCAUUCAAUGCUAGAGGCACCAGAUGCUACAGCUCAGGAUCUGAAUGUGAUCGGUAUCAUCCUGUGCCUAAAGUCGGCACAAAACUUUCCAAGUCUAGUGAUCAAAUAUUUAAUGAUGACUACGAAAACUUUGAUAAUGCACCUUCAAAUAUUCUAAUCAAACCACAAAAAAAGACUGAUAAAUUUAAGCAUAAAGAUGAUAAAGACACAAUCGGACCUGGUUCUUGUCUGUCAGCGAAGUUGAGAGCAAUGUCAGAUAGAUAUCUAAAAUCCUCCACAAAUAAGUUUUUCUCCAAACUUUAUAAGCAAAAAGGUGACGAGGACGAAGUGGAUGGGAGUAAUGAAAAUAUAUUAAAAUCAUCCAGUGCACUAAACAGGAGUCGAAAGAAACGUGGUGGUGUCAAGGCUAAAUUACGGAGUUUUUCGUACGGUGCCCUACCAGGUUUAGAUGAAUUCCAAAAAGGCAAUAACUCUGUGUUUCAUGAUGACGUUUACCAAGCAUCAUGUGAUGAUGAAAAUGUGUUAAUACAAGACUGUGAAGAUGCUGACUCAGGUAUCCUAGUCAAUGAAUCGGCAGCCUCUUCAAUAUUUGAUAGUGAUAGAAUUUCAUCUCGCUGCGAAAGCUCUGCGUCACACGCAAAUACUUUAGUACCUUGUCACGGAAGAAGCGUAUCUGGUGACCACACUUACAUAAAGGCGAGAGCUUCAAGCCGGUUGAGUAGAGAUAGAAGCAGCGGAUCUAAACCACGACUUAAACAUAACCAAAGAGCAUUAUCACUAGACCGCAAAGAAAUUCUAAGACGCAUGCCAAAUAACAGUGUAUCCGAGGAACCUCAUUUCUUGCAACUGACAGAGAAACAAAAAAUGAGGCAAAGAGAUGUCAGCCAAGGUGACGCUGGUAUCCCACCGAUUCCACCCUGCAGAAGACCUACCAAAUACAAUAAAUCCGAAAAAGUAGAGUACAAAGUGGUGCGCAUCAUCCGCCGACACCCUUCAGAAGAACUAGGAAUAUUUAUUGCAAAAACAAAACUACCUGACGAAGGUCACGUUGGAUAUUUAGUUGCUCAUGUAGUUCCAGGAGGACUCGCUGAAAAAGAAGGGACGUUAUGUAUUGGCGAUGAAUUACUUAACGUGAAUGGGCGACGACUUCGUGAUCUUACAAUGGCCGAGGCAAAGGAAGCUCUUAAAUCGGGGGCCCCUGAAAUCGAUAUUGUAAUAGGCAGGCAGCAAGACAAAACGACACCUGAUAUUAAACAAAGGCCACCAUCUCUGAGAAAGCCGGUUAUGAUGAGAGAAAGCUCAGUCGAUUACGAAAAUGCGUUAAUUUUAGGUAAAGACAGGCGAGGCGAUAAAAUUGACGUCAGGAUAGACCGGCGUCGGUCGCAGGACGAGUCGUGUAAUCAGAGCGCGCUAUCUGCAACGGACGGGGCGAGCGACGGCGCAAACACACACUCACACUUCCAUAAGGGCCAGAACGCGACCUACAGCAGCAUGAACAACAAGCUGCUACGCCGGCAGGUCGUCAGCUACGGUGGCGCCAACAAGGAGGGCCUCGCGCUCAGUUGUGCUGGUGACAUCGUCGACGUCGACACGCCCGACGCGGAACGGACCAAAGUCAGAAACGACAUUGAACCACAAACACCGAAUGCGGCAAACUUUUGCACGCUUCCCCGUAAGCCGAAAGCACCCACGCACAGCUACCACACGAUCACUUUCGAGAAGGGCGCCGGGAAAAAACCUCUCGGCUUCACUAUCGUAGGAGGCAGAGACUCCCCGAGAGGGCCGUUGGGAAUAUUCAUUAAAAGCAUCUUACCACAAGGACAAGCCAUCGACGAUGGAAGACUUCAAGCAGGAGACGAGGUGCUGGCGGUGAACGGGCAGGCGUGUCAUGAGCUCGCGCACGUUGAAGCGCUGGCCCUCUUCAAGGCAGUGCGCAACGGCGCCAUUGAACUCAGGGUCUGCCGGAGAGCAAGGAAUCCUCAAACUACCAAAGCGAAGUCAUGUACAGAUCUUCUCAAUGAUGAAGAAUGAAUAAACACCACCAACUUUAAUGCUGCUGUAAAUAUUAUUAGAUUGUUAAAUUAAUAAUUAAGAACCAAAUCUCAAAGUAAUCAGUUAAACAAUUAUAAAUUAAUAUGUAAGUAUAUAUUUAUCAUAUAAAAUAUAAAUGCAUUAUGAAUGUAUCAGAAUUUUGACAUUUUAUUGAAAUAGAUGUAUUGUUGUUUUAUAUAUGAAUGAAACCGCGCAUGCAUUUCCUACAAUAAUUAAAAUGUAAAAGAAUAUAUUGUACUUAUGUUUUAUGUGCCAUUUAAUAAAGUAGGUGCCUACUGCCUAGGUAAAAACAUCCAUGUCACAGUCAUUUUCUAAGACUAGAUUAGGAACUUCUUUUCAGAAUCUCAGUUUCAACUGAGUUAAUUAUAAUUGUACAGACUUAGUAACGACAUAGGUACUUAUUGAAUUUAGCGGCAACCCCUCUUCAAGAUAAAUCUGCAACACGCUCUUGCACUGAGAUGGAAUGUAACGCCGUGUCUUGCUUGCGUGGGCGACGGUCGCGCGACCGUCGCCGUCGCGUCUCAUACUUCCAUAUCGAUAAGGUUUGAUUUCCUAUGCGUCGCAUCGCCGUCGCGCGACCAUCGCGCGACCGUCGCCCACGCAAGCCACGGCGUAAGUCCAAAAUAUAAAUGGUACUUAUCAUUAUUAGGUACUCUCAAGUAUUGAGAUAGGUACUUAAGUAGUUUGAACCCUUUUCGACGUACCUAUUCCGUUAUGUAUCAAAAUUAUUCAAUAAGGCUGAAAGUCCACUAUCAUAUGUUUAUCAUAGAAAUAUGAUCAUAGGCCUCCCUUUUUCUCCAACGUGAAGGCAAAAGAAUGGCAUGUUGCCUAUUAUGAUCAUAUUUCUAUGAUAAACAUAAUUAUGUUAGUGGACUAUCGGCCUAACUCAAACAUGAUACCAUGUCUUUUUCCUAUACAUUUGCAUGCAAAGUAAUUUCUAAAGAGGCAUAUCGCGUUUUGUACAGUCAACCAAUUUGAAUCCUAGGCCACUCUAGAACCCUGCCUCAUUUAAAGUGUGUUCCAUUUGCCAUAAGAAGUCACAUUGACGUUUACUGUGCAAAGGUUCUACAGUGGCCUUUGAUUCAAAUUGGUUGACUGAAUCACAAAGCUGUGCGGACCGGAUCCGUAUAAACUCGAACUUGUUUUCAUAUUUGCACACAAACUUUGCAUUUUGAACUAUAAUGGAUUACAUUGAAAACUCGUUCGACUUUUUCGAUGGUCAAGUAUUUUGUAACAACGCACCGUUUAAGGCAGUCUUGUAGGUAAUCUUUGAGUUACUUAAUCGAUUUGAUUAGUUUUAUUUUCUUCCGCCUAUUCAUGUAAUCCUUAUUAGAUACGGUUUUAAAAAAUAAAUAAAUUUAACCAAGGCCUUCUAUCUAUACCUAUCGCUUUAUAUUUCUUGAAUACCAACAUUUUAACUCUUGGGACGAGGAAAAUUUCCUCAACAUAUAAUGGGUCUCAUUUUCUAUACAAAAAAUCAAUGUAUCUCUUAUUUUUGGCAGUAAAUGUAAAGUAUUGUAGCUGAGCACGAUUUUUUUCUAAGUAUCCAAGGGAGUUGGCAAUUCUCAAAAAAUUAUGCAUAACCCGUUUUGUUUGCUCCUUGACAUUCCGCUAAGAAACUUCUGUUUUGAAACAUGGUGACUUGAUGAGUAAAUAGUUCUUAUAGACAUUUCUAAAAAUGAUAGAUAAUAUUAAUAAGUAUUACUUACUCAGGUUGAUACUUAUAUGCAAUAGUUGUUUGCAGCCUCGCUGUUUGUAUGUAAAAAUAAAUCUCGACAUUACGUUGUCUUGGCUAUUAAUGCUAUUAUAGAAUAAGAAUGUUACUAGAUGUCAUUAUUAGAAAUUAUAAUUCUGUGCAAUAAGACUUGGUAGUUUGCUGUACGCACUAUUCAAUUGCUCUGUAAGUCUAUAUGCGUGAUCGGCCUGAGUAGACUAAGCUACUAAGAGCUAAGGUACAGUCAACUAAUCUAAAUCCUAGGCCACUGUAGAACCCUUUCACAGUAAAAUUCAAACUGACUUCUAUAGCAAAUAAAGUACGGUGCCAAUACGACAGGGUUCUAGACUGGCCUAGGAUUCUAAUUGGUUGACCGUACAAAAAGGCCCUAAACCUAGCCAAGCUAGUUCGCCAAACUGUAGAGUCAGUCCAGGAUAAGUUGGCACUAGAUGUGAAGGAGGGGGGGGGGGGCUAAACGUCAUGGUUUUAUCAAAGUAUGCAUUCAAAAUAACAGUUACCAACAUUCUUGGACAGAUUCUGGGUAUGUUUGUGACACUCGAAAAUGUUACUUCCUUCCUUAUAAACGGGCUAAUCGAUCCAAGCACUCAAGGACUAGGUAAAUUUAGUCUAAUUUAGCUGAUCCGGUUAAAGAUGACGGAUGAUAUUAUUAUUAUGACAAUCAAUUAAAUGUUUUAUUAAAAUUAUCAUCAAAUGUU